UAUGGCUGAUGAGGAGCAACUCCAGAAACUAGCCAUCAACCACGUUAUGUUCGGCUUAGGAAGCAGAGUUAUUAUGACAAGUAGGAACAAAAGCAUCAUAAAAUCCAACAAAACUUUGGAGUAUGAAGUGAAGCCGUUGGAUAAUGUUCGAUCACUAGAGCUUUUCAGUCGACAUGCUUUUAGAAGGAAUCCUCCUCCAGAUGAUUAUGUCAAUCUUUCAAGACAAAUAAUUUCUACAACCGGAGGACUUCCUUUGGCUCUUGAAGUCAUAGGCUCAUUGGUUUAUCGUCAAAACAAAGCCUCAUGGUACGAUGUGCUAAACAAUUUGAGAGAAAUACCUCCUGAGAAGGUCCAGGACAAGCUGAAGAUCAGCUACAAUGCCUUGAAUCAUGAGCAACAACAGAUUUUUCUCGACAUUGCAUGUCUCUUUGUGGACAAGGACAAGACGAAUGCACUCUACAUGUGGAAGGAUUGUGGGUUUAGGCCGGAUUAUUCAAUUCAAGUCCUUGUUUGUAUGUCCUUAAUAAAGAUAACUGAUCACAACAAAUUCUGGAUGCACGACCAACUGAGAGAUCUCGGAAGGAAAAUUGUUCGUGGAGAUACGAGACUAACCGAUCCAAGAAAGCAAAGCAGGUUAUGGGUUCCCGAGACGGCCAAUAAUAUCAUAGGAACAAAAGAGAGAAAGAAGGCCGUUGAAGCAAUUUGCUUAUGUGAACCAACACGAGUUUAUACGAGCAAAGAGUUUUCAAGGCUUCCAAACAUAAGGUUCCUCAUAUUAAAGUGGGGGAAUUUCAAAGGAGACUUUGCGAAUCAGUUUUCAGAGUUAAGAUACAUGACCUGCACAAUGGUCUCUCGAGAGUUCUUGGCCAUCAAUUUUCAUCCAAGCAAUCUUGUAGUUCUUCAACUGACGUGGAGUUUAAUCACAGAGGAAUGGGCUGGAUGGAGUCAAUUCAAGGUUGCUAAAAAGCUUAAAGUUUUGGAUAUCUCACAUUGUAGCAACAUGACCAGGACUCCAAACUUCUCCGAUUAUUUGAGUUUAGAGAGAUUGAACCUUGGGUAUUGUGAAAAACUAACUGAAGUUGAUGGUUCCCUCAAGAAGCUUAAGUGCUUGAUUUACUCCGAUGCGUAUGGGUGCAAAAAUCUUAGGGAGCUGCCCAAAGGGAUCGGAGGGUUACAGAAGCUCGAGUACUUGUAUUUAGGCAAUUGCGAAAAGUUGAGGAAGCUACCUAAAUCAUUUGCGAGAGUGACAUCACUAGUAGAGUUAGAUCUCUCGCAUACGGCCAUCACAAGAUUACCCGACUCCAUUGGUAACCAAAACCACUUGUCUGUUCUUAAAUUGCAAUUUACAAAAAUCGAUGAACUUCCCAAUUCUAUUGGGAAUUUACGAAACUUAAGUCUCUCUUUCUAUCGGAUGUGUCCAAAUCUUACUGCCAUCCAAGGUCUUGGUUCAUUGGAUUUGUUGGAGGAAUUGAAAAUAUCGCGGUGUCCUAAGAUCGGAAGUCUAGAUGAUCUAUCAGAUUUGAAAAAGCUGAAGUCCUUGAUAAUUCAAUGUUGUGUAGAGCUUCAGGCAGUUGAGGGCCUGGAUGAACUAGAGACUCUGACAAUAUUGUCUUUUAACGGUUGCAGAUCAUUGAAAAGUUUCUCCAACUUAUUCAAUUCGAAAGUACCAGACAAAUGCAUACUACAUAUUGGCGGCUGCCCAAAUUUAGAAGCAGGAUUGUUUUAUGGCAUGUUCAGCACGUACAAGGAACAGAAAGUCGGGGGCAAAAGAAGGAAAAGAAAGAGAGGAGUGUAA